CCUCCCUCUAGAAUGGUUCUUUUCUGCCUUGGAUGCUUUGUUCCUUUCUGUCUAUGUGGUGGAGGCCAUCCUCAAGAUCAUUGCGCUUGAUGUGGAAUACUUCUACGAUCCGUGGAAUGACAUUGAUUUCUUCAUCAUGAUCAUGACGGUUCUGGAUUUCGUACUGCCACUGAUCUUCUACGGGCAAGGCAACCGGGGCAACAAAGUCACGCUCUUCCGAGUCCUCAAAAUCUUCAAGGGGGUCCGGGCCAUCCGGGCCAUCCGCUUCCUCCUCACCCUCCGAUAUCUGGAGAACUUUCAAGAGGUGACAAGUACCUUUAUGCUUUCUUGCGAGUCCAUCGCGGCCAUCAUCCUUCUCAUGUUCACUUUCCUUUUCAUGUCUUCUGUGAUGCUACGUGAACUGUUUCAGGAAGCGGAUCCAAAGCACUUUGGGGACCUCUUCAACACAGUCUUCACCCUUUUCCAGUUCUUCACCUUGGACGACUGGUCACUCAUCUACCUGGCAUGCCAUGAAAAAGGUGCCUGGUACAUCAUAAUCUUCCUGAUUAUCUACAUUCUUUUGGAAUACUUCUUGUUUCUCAACCUGGUGAUCGCUGUCCUUGUGGAUAAUUUUCAGAUGGCCCUGCUUAACCGUCAAAAGCUCAAGAAACAGAAGGAUACAGAACGCACAGGCAUCUGA